GCUGUCUCCAGAUCCUCGGCUUUCUGGACAGCAUGGCCAGUGGCACCCUCCACCUGCGCAGGGACCUGAAGGAGUCCCUGAGGGCCAGCCAGGAGCCAGUUGUGGAUACCCGGAAGGAAGAAGCUAGCAGUGACCCCCAAGGCGACUGCAAGCAGUGGCCAGACCUGGAGGAGAGGUCAAAGGAAGAGCUGUUUCUGCACCUGGGGCCCGACUGGUUCCUGCUGCUCCUACAGGGCCACCUGCAUCCAGGCACCACUGUACUGGCACUGAAGCUGCUGCUGCACUUUCUGGCAAACCCCUCCCUCCGUGGGCGAUUUAAAGACGGCCUGUCUGCGGGAUCCUGGUUGGAAUGCAGCACCAAGGGCGUGGACGUUGUGAUGGACAACCUGAAGAGCCACCCUCCACUGCCUGAGCAGAGUCCCUGCCGGCUUCCUGGGUUCCGCGUCUUGAGCGACUUUCUGGCCCACCAUGUUCACAUUCCAGAAGUCUACCUCAUUGUGUCCACCUUCUUCCUGCAGACGCCACUUACAGAGCCGAUGGACAGUCCCAAACUUGGAAAUGCUGUCGUGGCAAGACCCCCUGAAAGAAAUUGACCCUGACUCUUUAGCUAUAUUUUCUGCAUGUGCUGCUCAACAGAGCUGUUGGAACACAUUCCGUUCAAGCACAAGCGGAUGAUGAUGGUACAGAGUUUACAGACAAGGGAAGCAGCUCUCCUUUGAAUCCAUUUCCAAAGGCCCUUUGCAAAGCUGGGACACUUCGCUGCACGUUUGAGUGCUCUGCAGGCUCCAGGGUUUCUCCUGGGUCCGGAACUUAGCUGUGGUGGAGAGCGAGAGCCCCCAACCCUCCCCCUAGAGCCCGGCAGCAGACUGGGGAGGGAGGGGUCUGACAGGAACCAAAGGCUUUCUGUCAGGGCUUGGCUGACAGGAUGGAAUCCUGCACGCGCGACCUACAGAGCGCAUGCUCCGUGGCCCGGGGGCGUGGCACGCGGCUGGAGCGUGGCAUCGCAGUAAGGGAGGGCGUCUGUGUUGACGUGAAACCCCAUUGGCAAAGGGGCGGGGCGAAUCAGCCUGUGAAAAGAGUCACGAACUGCAGGGGCGGGGCCAGUGUCUGAUUGACAGUUGGGAGGCCAAUGAGAGAAGGCAGGCCAGACCAAGGAACAGGCCAUCUUCAGUUAAACUGUCGUGGCCCCUGGGAAUUCUAACAGGU